CACACACUCUGUCUCUCUCUAAUUUUUAUUUUAAUUAUUUUGUAUUUGAUCCAUUUUAUAUUCAGAAUUCUAUCUCUAUAUGUUUCCUGUUACUGUGUUAGUAUUUGAAUUGUUGAUCAAUUUAACAUUUGGUAGAAUAGGAGAAAGAAUUGUUGUUCACUAUCUCUAGUUGUCUCUUUGAUGUUGCUUCCGUGAUUCUCAUCCGUUCAUGGAUGAUAGGGGCUAGAACUCCAUUUCUUUCUCUCUUUCUCUCUCUCUCUCUCUCUCUCUCUCUCUCUCUCUCUCUCCGUGUUGUACCUGCUAUGAUUCCGGUGUUGAAUCGCGUUCUCUCUCUUACUCCUAUCUCUGUUAUAAUUUCUUCCUGGAAUUAUUGUUUGAUCCCUCCCUCUCUCUCUCUCACUUUCUCUGUUACUGCUGUCUCUGUUAUAAUUUCUGCCUGAAAAUUAAUGUUUGCCCUCCCUCUCUCGUUCUCUCUUACUGCUCUUUGUAAUAAUUUCUGCCGGGGCAAUGUUUGAUCUCUAUCUCUCUCUCUCUCUCUCACACACACACACACAAGUGGUGCUGAAUCAGUGCUGGAACUAUCACCUUUCUCUGACUCAUUCUCCAAUAAGAAAAAUAUCCCCUUUCUCUCUCUCUCUCUCUCUCUCACUCUUCAGAUAUUUGUCUCUAUACCUAUUUUCUUCUCAGUUAAGUAUGUUAUGCCCUCACAAAAAGAUUUUCAUGCCAUAAACUUGGAAUUGAAUAGUGUCUUAUCUCUCUCUCUGUGGCAUGUAUUUGUAAUUUAAUUCUAUCUUCUCUCUCUCUCUAGUUGUUUCCCUCUUUCUCUCUGUCAAAAUGCUCUCUCUGUUAUAAUUUCUGACUGGAAUCAAUGUUUUAUCUCUAUCUCACUUGGUACUCUAUCACUGCUGGAACUAUCAAUUCUCUCUUUGAGUCAUUCUCCAACAAGAAAAACCGCCUUUAUUUUCCCUCUCCACUGUUUGUGUGUGUCAAUUUCCUCCUCAGUUAAGAAUAUAUUGUCCUUAACAAAAAAUUUGUCAUGUCAUAUAUUUGGGAUUGAAUUUUGUCUUCCCUCUUCCCUCUUUCUCUCUCUUGCAUGUAUAUGGAAUUGAAAUGUGCCCUUUCUAUCAUGCUUAUAUUUGAAAUUCAAUUAUGCCCUAUAUCUUUCUCUAAUGCUUUGCUUGGUAUAAAUUGUGGCACUGCGUUGGUGUUUGUUGGCGAAGAAUCACACGAACAUGAAAAGAAGAAGUGGGGAACCUAUCAGCGUUUAGGGAGGAAUGCUUCUACUCUAACAUCAAUCCCUUUAUUUGGAGCUGAAGUAAGCCUUGAAGAGAUUCGAUCGGCUGCUUCUCUCUAUCCAAAACCACCAUCCAUUCCUGGAGAUCUGGUCAGCGUACCAGAGCUUGAUCCCCAAUUGGGAGCUAUUGUCGGGCAUGGGGUCACUGAAGGUGGUCUUGGUGGGAAUCCUUUAAUUGGGAGGCCGAUCUUGGAUGAAUUAGAUAUUCGGGAGCUGCUCCUUGAUCAUGUGAACCACCAUUUCUGUUGGGGAAGCCGUCCAGCUCGAACAUGGAAAAUUCAAGCUGUGGAAGAUUGCAAUGUUUAUGUCGGCACAUUAGAAACAUUUAUAGAGGAGAGAGAAACAAUCACGCAAAAGGAGCCUUAUCAUGGGGGCAAAGUUGAUGGUAAGGCUAGUGGGGCUGAGCCUGAUACAUGGGAAUUAGAUCUGACGUCGGAAUUCCCACUUCUUUUUGUGUCACAAAAAGAGAUCAGGGUCAGAGUUCCUCAUUCUGAAGCUGUUGAGAAAUGCACAGGAUGCGCUGGACGAGGAGAUAUCGUUUGCCCCACAUGCAAUGUGGAUCAAGAACCUGGGAUUUACAAAGAAAAUCAAAUGACUGUGUGCAGUUCUUGUCAUGGACGAGGUCUCAUUGCCCACAAAGAUGGUUCUGAUACAAUAUGUGUGAAAUGUAAUGGGAAAGGAAUGCUCCCCUGUGUAACAUGUAAUUCUCGUGGUUUACUCAAGUGUGAGACAUGCCAAGGAGAGGGCUCUCUUCUUACUCGCAACAUAGUCAUCGUCCGAUGGAGGACACUCUCGACCAAAAAAGUGAGUGCUAGUCGAGGGGCUGCCUCAGUCCCAGACGAGGUCUUCCAUAGAGCCAAAGGGGUUCAGCUAUGCAACACUCAAGCAUAUCAUUGUACGCCUGCCUUCUUUGCUGAUUCAUACUUCCUCAACAAUUUUUCGUCAGAGGUUAUCUCAGAGAGGGCCCAAGUUCCCCCUUCUGCUAGAGUUAUAUGUGAGAGGCACAUAAUUACGGUUGUACCCGUAACUCGCAUUAUCAUGGCUCAUCGAAGUAGGUCCUUCGGCUUCUACUUGAUCGGGACAAGUCGAGAAGUUUAUAUUAAGGAUUACCCCUACAAAUGGUGUUGGGGCCUAUGCCCUUGCUUCAGUUGGUUGAGGCUCUUUUGAUCUCUUUUGCAUGUAAAUAGAGAACAGACCUCUUAUUGCUGUCCUCACUUCCUUCUUGUUUAUAUUGUUACUUUUGUCAAUGUUGUUGUUUAUGUUGUCUCUUGUCAAUGGUGGUUAAAGCACCUUACUGUUACUCCUAAUUUCUGGUUUGCAUCUAUAUGAAUAAAUGAUAUUUGGAUGAAUCUA